AUGGACUCAACAACUGUCCAAGAAAGCGCUGAGGAUGGUCCGAUUGAGCAAAACGAAGGAUCACACCAAACUGAUGAGAGGGAAAAAAACCUUUUUAAUGAAUCACCAACUAACCAACCUAGUAUUUCUGGUACACAAAAGAAGCGCAAGUCAGAUCCGUUGCGUGAAUUGGACGCAAAAAUGUUGAAAUUUAUCGAUCACCAAAUACAGACACCAGGGAACGAAGAAAACCGUCAUUUGUCAUUUUUCAAAGGCCUUCUGCCUAGCAUGAUAUCACUUAAUGAGGAUCAAACUUUAGAAUUCCAAGCUGGCGUCAUAUCGUUGUUACAAAAUAUUAAAAAGAAAACCUCGCAAUAUGCAUACAACAACCAACACAAUUUACAAACACCAACUCCUAUGCAACAUAAUUAUCCGUGGCCAAAUUAUGAAUAUUACUCCCAACUGCCUCAACAACGUCAACCACAUUUCCAGAACAUAACCGUACACCAACCAACAGCUAGCCCAGAAAGUGUGAUUUCAUCACCAGUUUCAGUAAUGUCAACCAAUUACUCCCAAUUGCCUCAACAACGUCUACCACAUUUCCAGAACAUAACCGUACACCAACCAACAGCUAGCCCAGAAAGUGUGAUUUCAGCACCAGUUUCAGUAAUGUCAACCACAAGUCAAGAGUCCGAUGAAUAUGACUUUGCUGAUAUAAUUUAG